GAGUAAAUAAACAACAAUAUCCAAUGGAGAUUUUGGGAUAUAUUUAAGUUCUCUUUGACUGUAAUUUAUGAUCAUUUCAGUUAAGACUUCAAAAAAGAUAGCAGUUAAAAAAUUUGCUCUUCAAGAUGGGUUUUGGGCAAGCGUCUAUAAUGUUGAAAGUGGGGUUUAUACUUAUUAUAGUAGCCCUUGUUAUACAGAUUCUGGCAGUGGCAUUACCGUAUUGGUAUUCUAAAGAAGUUGCGAACAAUUAUGAUGUGUAUGGUGGACUGUUCCGCGGUUGUGCUGAAGCCGGCAACACCAAAGCAUGUAACAACGUUAAAAACCCUACAGAUUGGUGGGCAGCAACUCAGGCGUUUGAGAUCAUCGGUCUUCUUAUUCUUGUGGCCGCUUUAAUCCUUUGUAUUAUUGUACUGUUCGUCAAGGACAUGAAAAUAUUGAAGAUGGUCAACUUUAUUCUAUGCUUUUGUUCAUGUGGCUUCAUCAUCAUUGGUGUUAUUAUAUACGGAGCUGAAUCAGAGGGUUGGUUAGCUGAAUACUCCGGGGCAUUUGCUCUUGCAAUCAUUGCUGGGAUAGUUGCCCUUGUUGCAGGUGUACUUUGCUUAUUGGAUUGGAUGAAAGCUCCAGCAUAAAAACAUAGAGAAUCAAGGACGUUUAGGAUUAUUUAAAAUAAUUAUAGCAAUUUUUGUUGAUAAUUUAAGCGAAUGAAGCAUCAGAGAAUAUUAGAAUAAGAUACAGAUUGUUGAACUUUUAGAGAUAAUAAAUGGAACAUUGUUUUGACGACUGAGUUACCAUUUUUUAUGAGAUGUUAGGCCUUAAUAUUAGUCAAAGAGGAAUAUAACAACUGAAAGGUCAUUUAUACGUGCAUAAUGCUCAAAGGACUCCUUUGUAUUACAGUUAGAAAUGAUAUUUAUUUAUUGUAACAACUUUCUUUCCACUAAAAAUAGGUCUUAUAGAAUUAUAUGUUAGAACAAGCAUUUACAUUAUUAUACCAUUGUUAAGUUUGUAUCAUUUUAUACGAGACUUUAUUAUUUGUAAUGUAUAGGGUUCUCUUCGUAUUGUUAAAAAUAUGGCCUUGACAUUCAUAAACAGUUUGACGCUGUAAAUUGAUUAGAGCCACAUCAUUCUAGAGUUUACCUAAAUCUUAUUUUUCUUUUAUAUCAUACAAUCAUACAGAGCGUUCAUUUAUCAAUGUUUUCGUUAUUUAGAAAACUCAAUGUUUGCUUGUAAAGGUAUAAUUUAAGAACGAUUGGAUUCAUUCAUGUUUACUUUAACUAUAUAUCAUGUAAAUAAAUAGGAAAUAAAUAUAAUUAAACUUU